AUGGAUCAAGGAAAUCAAGGAGAGCUGAACUGGCGUUUAAGCUCCCACCCGAUCACGCUACUUGUCUUCCUGGGUAUCCGCAUUGGUGCCUUGAUGAUGUACCUCUUUGGUCUUCUUUUCAUUGAGAACUUCGUCCUCGUCUUUAUCCUGACUCUCCUCCUUCUUUCGGCCGACUUUUACUACCUCAAAAAUAUUGCUGGGCGUCGACUGGUGGGCCUCCGGUGGUGGAACGAAGUCAACACAGCCUCCGGUGACUCGCACUGGGUCUUCGAAUCAUCCGACCCUAACGUUCGCACAAUUACAGCCACCGACAAGCGGUUCUUCUGGCUGAGUCUAUAUGCGACACCGGCUCUAUGGGUAGGACUAGCUAUUCUGGCCAUUGUGAGACUAGUCGGUGUGAUCUGGCUGAGCCUAGUUGGCAUUGCUCUUAUUCUGACAAUCACAAAUACCGUGGCUUUCUCGCGAUGUGACAAGUUCAGCCAAGCUUCCACUUUCGCGAAUAGUGCACUCGGAGGUGGAAUUGUGAACAAUCUUGCCGGUGGCCUGCUGGGCAGGUUCUUCCGAUGA